GGGGUUCAAAGACACCAUCAAUAUUGGUGGAGUGACACCAGCGAACAAUUUCACUCCUCUGCACCUGAGCCUUGAAUAUAAAUCGGAGGUGGAGUUUUUUCAAGAGGCCACUUCUUCCGCAGCAUCUGUCCAUUGUGCGUCCCUUUGGAAACCAGAUAUUUUUCAAUAUGGCAUCUUUACUCUUGAUGGUCUCAAUUUUGGCGUUUGGCUGCCAAAAAGCCGUUGAAGCAACAACUCUGGUUGUCAGUGGGGAAGUUUCGGAAAAGACGCACGACCCCCCAUGGGUUUGGAGGUGCACCUUUGGCAAUUGCGUCCGAUUGAGCGCCAACUCGUCCGUGCCCACAAUCGGCACCACCUACCACACUCAGGACGAGUGCUCCUUAAUGUGCGGCCGCCCCCUCGGGCCACUGUGGCCGCGGCCCAACGGCCAAGUCCGUCUCGGCCAUUUGCUACUUGUUAUCGACGUGACCACGAUCACUUUCCUGCCCACCCCUUAUUCCAAAUCCACGGCCCUGCUGUCCCAAAUGGAGGGGGUGUUCAGGGAGGAGGUCAGUCUGCUGGCGUGCAACGAACUCAGUUGCUUGGUUUGCGAUCGACCGGCCAACUACCGAUCCCUCCUGCUCAAAGUGCAAAUCAACCUCGACUACCCCAACAUUGACCACCUCGAGUGGAACACGGACGAGUCUUACUCCCUUAACAUCAACAGCGAUGCAGCAGACAGGGGUUCGGUGACGGCGCAGAUCAGCGCGGCCACCGUUUUUGGUGCUCGACACGGACUGGAGACUUUGGCACAACUCAUGACUAAGGGUGAACAUGGCAGUGGGUAUCUCUAUCUCCUUAGUGAUGCUGAGGUCCUGGCUGACAAGCCCAAGUUUACCCAUCGAGGCAUCACACUGGACACGUCCCGCCACUUCAUCCCCUUGCCGGCGAUUAAAAGAACCCUCGACAUAAUGUCAACAUGCAAACUGAAUGUUCUCCAUCUGCAUCUGACCGACUCGCACAGCUUCCCAUUUGUGUCUGAGGCGGUGCCGGAAAUGUCCGAGUGGGGCGCCUACUCGGACCAGGAGACCUACACCAUCGAGCAGCUGGUGGAGCUUUCGAACUACGCCCUGGUGAGAGGCAUCAGGAUCAUCCCGGAACUUGACGCCCCAGCCCACGCCGGACAGGGUUGGCAGUGGGGCCGCAGCAAGGGCAAAGGCGAACUGGCCGUCUGCGUAAAUCAGCAGCCGUGGAGGGAGCUGUGCAUCCAGCCACCCUGCGGUCAACUCCACCCAGGCAACGACAACGUCUAUGCAAUUUUGGGACAACUUUACAAGGAGUUUAAGGACACCUUUGCCCCACACGCGAACUCAGUUUUCCACAUGGGCGGUGACGAAGUUUUUCUUGAGUGCUGGAAAGCCACCUACACAGUCAGCGACUGGUUGGCGACGCAAAGGACGCACGGCCAGCUGACGGACGAGGACUUCAUGUGGGCUUGGAAGUACUUCCAGUCAAAGGCCCUGCAAGAGUUGGACAAGGCGUACAACCACAGCAGCCCCGACGUCAUCCUCUGGUCCAGCCACCUGACGGACACAAACACCAUCAUGAGCACCCUUGACCCUCACCGCUACGUCAUUCAGACCUGGGUGCCUGAAAAUGAGACCCUGCCACAGGACUUGAUCAACUUAGGCUACAGGGUCAUCGUGAGCACCAAGGACGCUUGGUACUUGGAUCACGGAUUCUGGGGCCAGACCAAGUACGCCAACUGGAAGAGGGUGUACAACGCGAAACUGCCGCAGGGGGCCUUGGGCGGAGAAGUGGCCCUUUGGUCUGAACUGAUUGAUGAACUGACCAUGGACUCCAUUCUGUGGCCGAGGGCGGCCGCCCUGGCUGAGAGACUUUGGUCGAAUCCGUCGAGCAUUUCCGGAGCUGAGAACAGACUGCUGCGGUGGAGAAGGCGAAUCGUCGGCACCAGAGGAAUCAAGGCCGCCACUGUCACCCCAGGCUGGUGUGAAAUGCACGAGGGGCAGUGCGACUGAGCAGCAUUGAGCUAAAUAACCAAUGUAUUCUGCAGCAAUUUAUACAUUUGAUAAAAAAUUCAGCACAAUAAUAAUGUUUACAUGUUGAAAAAGAUAGAAUUUCAAUAACCAUUAGAUUUUUAAGCAAGAGAAUAAAUAUCUGAAUUAAAUAUGUAAUUGACUUCCAAUAAAAUAUUUCACAAGACUAUUAAAAAAUAUGGUAUA